AUCUCAAUCUAAUUAAGAUUCAUGCCACAAAUACGCACAGCACAAUAGCUAGCUACCGCUCCGCGGAAAAGAAAACUUUUUCAAUAUGGAGUCCAUGCAAAUUCCUUCUAUCUCACCUGCUACCAUGUGAUGUAGCACCAAUGCUUGCUAUUUCCUAUCUGCUCACUCCCCAAGCAUUGUUUGCUGUCCUUCUCAACCUUUCCUUUCCUUUUCAUGCUUUUAGUCUUCAAGACCCAACUUCUAAUCUCUCUCUUUCUCUAAUUUAAAAGGAAAUUUUUUUAAAAAAGAAAAACAAAAGAAGCUAUAGUAUUAGUAUAGUUCCUCUUAGUCUUAAUCUGUCUCCAAUAAAUUCCCCUUCCUUGUGUGCCUUAAGCUCCCACCAUCAUUAUUCAAACAAAUCCCUUUCUCUUUCUCUUUCUCUCUGUCUUUGCAGCACCCCAUGGAAAUUUGGUACUUGUUCUGUGCUGUCUUUCUCAAGCUCUAGCCCUUUAGCUUUGAGCAAAAGCAAGCAGCAGCAACAACAACAACACAUGUCCAAAUCCUCAAACAUAUACAUACUCACAGUGUUUUUGCUGAUCUUGAUGAUGAGGUUUGGGUCUCAGGAACAAAUGGCUGUCUUUCUCACUAACUGGUUUCUUUUGUUUUUCCCCUCUUUUCAUUUUCUUUGCAGAUCAAGAGAAUAGAUUGGAGAAAUUGAAAAAAGAAAAGGGAUUUUAGUGCACCUCAAGCUAAGCUGAUUUAGCUAAUAAUAUCACAUGAUCUGUUGCCUGUUGGUGCAUUUUUAUGCAUAUCUGUCGUUCUCAAGCUCCACUUUACAGAUAAAACUAGGUUUUCUUAUCUAUUGUUCAGUGCAAAUUUUACUAAAGCUAUCUCUCAAUUUUUCUUUAACAUGUUUCCUUCAAGCAACAAUGGCAAUGACCCCAUCUGCUACAGUGACCAACAGCAAGUUUACAAUAGGCCUUUUUUCAAUGACAUCACUUCAAAUUCUAAACAUGAAGAGCUUCCAUUUUCUUGCUUCCACUUUCCAUCUCCUUUUCUUCCUUAUGAUCAACUGGACUUUCAAGAUCAUGAUGUUGAUCUUCUCCAUCAAAACCAUGAUCUUUUUCUUCACCAUCCACCCUUAAUCAGAGCUCUUGCUUCCACCAGUUGUACUGUAGCAUCAUCAGCUGAGACAUUUCUUGACAUGGUGCGUUCCAACCAAAAUGAUGCUAAUAAGAAAUCUUGUAGUGCUUCUUCUGAUCAGAUCCCAAGAAAGAGAUCUUGCAAGAGAGAUCGCCAUAGCAAGAUUUACACAGCUCAAGGACCUAGAGACCGUAGAAUGAGAUUGUCUCUUAAAGUUGCUAGAGAAUUCUUUGAUCUGCAGGACAAGCUUUGUUUUGAUAAAGCUAGCAAAACUGUUGAGUGGCUGCUCAUGCAAGCAAAACCAGCAAUCAAGAAACUAUCAAGUGGUCUCCCACAGUUCAACUACAGCUGCAGUGUUCAUGCGAAGAGUGCAUCUUCUACUUCAGAAUGUGAAGUUGUAUCUCGAAACGAUGAUGAGGCAGCCGCCAUUAAAGCCACCAGCAAGGUCUCUAAUGCUAAAAACUCAUCAUCUUCAUGCGUUACCAACAAGGGGAAAAAAGCAAAACCAUCACGUAAAAUUGCAUUCGACCCAGUAGCAAGAGAAUCAAGGGACAAAGCAAGAGCAAGAGCAAGAGAAAGAACAAGAGAAAAGCUUCAGAAUAGAAGAAUUGACGAAUCAAAGCUAAGUGAAGAAGCCAAAGAUCUUGAAUUUAACCAAUUAAAUUGCUGGAGUCCAUUUGAAAUAGGUGAAGAAUCUGGCAAACAAAGUCACCCCAUGAAUCCUAAUUCCUUGGAGAUUCCGACACAAGAGCAAGACAGAUUAUUAGUAACCUCGGAGAACAUGAUUGAUGAUUCAAUGGUGAUCAUGGAAAAGUGGAGCGCAUGUUGUUCUUCCAUUAACAACCACCUGUACAACGCUGCCAUGCCCCAAGAGCAUCAAAUCACAGACUUGCAAUCUUUCUUCAAGUCAUUGGAGGCGCCAUAUAUAUAACAGUUAGAUGAUGAUAUGUCAAGUCAAGUGGACAAAUGAUUUGAAGAAUACUAUGUAUGGUUUUUCUUUCUGUUUAGAAUUAAUGUAAAAUAGAGGUGUGUAUCUUUCUUUCUUUCUGCAAUUCUAUUGUGAAACUCUUUUUUCAAUGAUUAAAUUGUUCAUCAGCACUCUUCAAUCC